CGUCGAGUGAGGUAGUUUCCUGUCCAAAUGAUGCGGGAAAAUAUUCGAGCAAUCGAAUCCAAUGUUUCGUCUGACGAUUAAUGAAUUGAAUUUUGUGAUUUCAUUUGAAUGUGCGAUGUUUGUGAUAUUCUGAUCUGGUCGAUGCAGACUGCUCGGGACACCACACCAAAAUACACGACUUGAAAGUAAUUGAUUUAAGAUGCCAUCAGGGAUAAAUAUUUUCGUCUAUUUUGAACUGGCUCUGUUUAUUGCUCAAGUGAUUGCUGAAUCGGGGCGGAAGCGACAUUUCUACGAUGUAAUAUAUCCAGGUACGAAAUGGUGCGGUCCAGGGGCUGUAGCGGAUCAUUACGAAGACCUCGGCCCAGAGGUGCAGACAGAUGCUUGCUGUCGUGACCACGAUCACUGUCCUGACAUCAUUGAGUCCGGCCAAUCCAAGCACAAUCUCACCAAUUAUUCGUUUUACACCAAGCUUAACUGCGAGUGUGACGAUGUUUUCUUGAAGUGCUUGAAAUCGGUCGACGAAAAAGAGGAGAGGACAGCCAGAGGAGUUGGACACCUAUACUUCGACAUGCUCGAUACGAAAUGCUUCAAGGAAGAAUACCCUGUUAUUCGUUGUAAAAAGUACGAUGUUCCCUGGGAGUCCGAGCAGAAUCAGAAAAGACAAACGGUCAUAAACACCCGAGAAAUGAGCGAAAUAAUUCAAAACGCACUGAGGGGCGGCUCGAAGCGAUGUUCUGAGUACGAAUACGACAGGACAUCUCCAAAACGAUACCAAUGGUUUGACGUGCCCCGUUAUGAGUCGUACAAAUAAUUUUGACUAAAACAAGCAAUGUCGAGAUUUGGAAAUAACUAUCGUGAAUGUAAUAGAGGCGGAAGGGCUCUUUAAGUGGAAACUUAAACUGUUCAGAUAAAGGAAAAAACUGAGCAGGGGUGAGAAGUCAAUUUUCAGAUUGCGAUGCUAAACAUUUCCCGUACUUUCGAGAGUUUGGGUUGAAAGUUCAACUCACAAUAGACCACUAGAGAAGGUACAAAGUUAAGCAUUCUGAUACAUAAUUCUUAACCAAAAUUUUACGUAGAGCACUUUUUGCGAGACGAAAAUUACUGAAAUCUACUUCUAACUAAUAUAUUUAAUGUUUCUUGAAGCGUGAAUUCAAACCUUCUGCUCAUGAAAACUCAAUGGUCUACGUGAGUCAAAUCCCACCCUAAAAAUUAUCAUGACUCUCUGCGAUAUAAAAAUCUGGCAACCUCCAGCUUGAUGGUUUGGCUCAGCUGCAGCAAGUUGUUAAUAGUUUGAACAACACAGGGUGGGAAAUGAACAGUGCUGGAUUAAGAAGCCCCCGGAACCGCUGUGGUACGCGAUUGGACUCACGUAUAUAUAGAGUAUUGAAUUUCGUCUGAUCGGGCAAUCCCGUAACCAAUGUAAAAUAAAUUCAAUAAAUAAAAUAAAUGACAAUUCCCGCAAAAA